CUCUGACUCGUCUUUGUGUUUCCAUCACCACGCUGGGACACCAGUUCAUCACUUUCCAGUCAAACCAGUCCACAGCACCUGAAGGUGACGCCAGAGCCGAAUCUGAGCUUCCUGAAUCCGUCAAGCUAGCGAAACGUCACCAUGUUGACGGAAGUAACCGUCACAACAAAAGCAUCAUUAAAGGUUAUUUCACAGGUAUUUUACUUCGAAGUCUUCACCGGAAGUGAGGUACCUUACAACAGGGUGAGUGACAGUGUGCAAGCAACAGCAGGAGGAAGAUCUGCAUCCUCCUCCUCCUCCUCCUCCUCCUCGUACAUCCAUCCAGCGACCGGCUCUCCUCCGCUGCUCCAGCCGCCGAGGGCCCACUGCGAACGGGAAGGAGGACAAACCAACACCCCCCUGGAACAAAUGGCCUUUUAACACCGGGGAGAAUAAAACCAGAAGAGACAUGAAUCCUUCUUCCUCCUCCUCCUCCUCCUGCUCCUCCAUCCUCCGCCUCCUGCUCCUCCUCGCCUCCCUGAGCCGCUCCUCCUCUGAGCGGAGACUCGGUUGCCUGUUUGAGAGCGAGCUGUGUUCACCGUAUGAGAUCUGUGUGAACGAUGGCAUGUUCGGGAAGUGCCACUCGGUUCCAGUGAGGGAGGUUUACACCUACGACGUCUCCACGUCCGUGGUGCAGCGCUUCAGGAUGCUGCUGGAGAAGCUGUCCAACAGAGGUCUGACCUGGCAGGACGACACCACCCAGCAGGUUCUGUCCAAGGAGCUGUCCAAGCUGAGGAGGAUCCCCUACAGGCCGCAGCAGAGCGCACCUGUCUACAAAAGCAACAUCAGGCCGGUAGCUGAGGCGAUGGACCCGGUGGACCAGAGGGUGAAGCCAGUGGAGGUGGAGCUCAGCAGAAACCUGCAGUCCUACCUUCAACGUCUCGGCCUCCUCCCCAAGACGCUGUCCUCUGCCAGCCUGAGCGGCCCCGGCAAGAGUGACCGCUUCCAGUCGGGCAUCCCUGCAGACGCUCAUCGCCCCAAGGCCCAGACCUCGGCUCAGAACUCCUCUCCCUCCAGCUUCUACUCACUUUCAUCUCGCCAACCCCUGGAGAAGCAGAGGCCUCUCGUGGACCAGCGCCUAGCCACGCAAUCGGAGGGCGAGCUUCUCCUGGGCGCCCUGAGACGGUAUCUCUCUGGACGCCUGUCACUGCACGGUGGUGGGGGGGGCCCAGAGGAGCCCGGGGCCCCCUCGUCUCGCCCGAGGCCCUCCUUCACCGGCGGAGUAGAAAACCCUGGGCUCAGGAAGGAGACAUCGAAUCCCAGGCUCCUGAAGACGGGGAGGACUCAAGGGGCUUCGGUCAAGGAGCCGCUCUCGCCCGUGGAUGAGAGGUUCAUUGAGAAAGUUUUGAAGAACGUUGGAAGGCAGCAUGUGGACGUGGACAACCUGUCGCUGCAUGACCUGGACCAGCUGUCCAGCCUGAUCGCUGACGCUCUGCAGGUGGUCGACAAGGACCAAGGACCAAGCAGGGGCCUGACGCAGGCUAGAACCAGACCAAGAGACCUGGAGGGAGAGCUGAGGAGUGAUGAGGAAGAAGAAAAAGAGGAGGAAGUGGCUGCCAGAGAUGAGGAAGAGGAGAAGCUGUUGGCAAAUGCUCCAACGCUGAAACCUCAGGGGAGCACUCCUAUAGUGCCGGCAGAGCUUCAAGAGCGCCACACGGAGCCCGAAGAGCAAAAUGUGAAGGACACGGCAGAAGACGGAAGCCUGCUCACCAAACUUCUGGCCUACUUGGACAAAACUUCCCUCAACGCCUCCCCGUCAGCAAAUAACUGGCAUGAUGUAGCCAUCGAGACACCCAGAGGCCAUCCGGUGGGGCUGGAAAACGUCCAGAGUCGGACCAGCCAGGUUGGGGUAGCGGUGCAGAAGAAGGACGCUGCUCAGUCUGUUGAGGAGGUGUCGGAGGUGCAGGGCUGGAUCAAGGAGGUGGCGCCCCCUCCUGCCGCGCUCGUGUACGAGGAGCCGCACAAGAAGACGAUGCAUGCUCCGGAACUUCAGCUGGACGUCAAAGACAGCAGGAAGAAGGCUGAGGAUGACGUCUUCGGUUACGUUAUCACCGACACAGAUGGGCUCCAGACGGACGAAGGCCUCCACCUGAUGGAGAUCCUGGCUCGCAGGGCCAGAAUCCAGAUGACUGACUUUGCCGAGCUCUCGGUGGUGGGCCCCGCUGUGACCUUCAGAGUGAGCCCGAACGCUCAGAACGUCAGCACCACAGAUGUGGCCAACGUGGCUGUUAAGCAGAAGGUGGAUUUGGAGAAGGAAGCCAAGCUCAGCAUCCUGGAGGCCGGAGUCACUGACGGGAGCCAGAUCAACCAGAUCCCCUCCAAGUACAGCCAGGCGGAGUCCACCAAGUUCCUCAUCCUCACCGUGGUGUCCAUCCUGUGCAUCGUGGCCGUGCUGCUGGCCUCCACCGUGGUCUACUGCCUCCGCCACCGCUCGCACCACAAGCUCAAGGAGAAGCUCACCAACCUGGGAACAGAUACCGGCAGCGAUGCUACCGCCACCUAUCAGGAGCUGUGUCGGCAGCGCAUGGCGGUCAAACCUCCCGCCGAGCGCCCGGAGCCGAUCUCCUCCAGGAUCAACAGCGUGUCCUCCCAGUUCAGCGAUGGAGGUCAGGCGCUCAGUCCCUCCGCGAGGAGCAGCGUCUCCUCCUGGUGCGAGGAGCCCGUCCACUCCAACCUGGACAUCUCCACCGGUCACAUGAUACUGUCCUACAUGGAGGAUCACCUGAAGAACAAGGACCGCCUGGAGAAGGAGUGGGAGGCGCUGUGUGCUUACCAGGCCGAGCCCAACGCCUGCACCGCCGGCCUGAAGGACGGCAACGCCAAGAAGAACCGCUCCGCCGCCGUCGUGGCAUAUGAUCACUCCAGAAUCACCUUGAAGGUGGAGAACAGCCAAGGAAACUCCGAUUACAUCAAUGCCAGCCCCAUCAUGGAUCACGACCCCAGGAACCCGGCUUACAUCGCCACUCAAGGCCCCCUGCCCUCCACUGUGGCCGACUUCUGGCAGAUGGUCUGGGAGAACGGCUGCGUGGUCAUCGUGAUGCUGACGCCUCUGGUGGAGAGCGGAGUGAAGCAGUGCUACCACUACUGGCCCGACGAGGGAUCCAACCUGUACCACAUCUACGAGGUCAACCUCGUGUCCGAACACAUCUGGUGCGACGACUUCCUGGUGCGGAGCUUCUACCUGAAGAACAUGCAGACCAACGAGACGCGGACCGUCACCCAGUUCCACUUCCUGACCUGGCUCAACCAGAACGUGCCGGAGACCAGCCGCACGCUGCUCGACUUCCGCAGGAAAGUUAACAAGUGCUACCGGGGACGCUCGUGUCCUAUCAUCGUCCACUGCAGUGAUGGAGCAGGACGGUCUGGGACCUACACCCUGAUCGACAUGGUCCUCAACAAGAUGGCUAAAGGUGCCAAGGAGAUUGAUAUCGCAGCGACUCUGGAGCACCUGCGGGACCAGAGGCCAGGCAUGGUUCAGACCAAGGACCAGUUUGAGUUUGCUCUGACGGCCGUGGCAGAGGAGGUGAACGCCAUUCUGAAAGCUCUUCCACAGUAGGAAGGAGCACCUCCUUCUGACGUCCCCCCCCUCCCCGUACUCCUCUUCUCCUCCCCCUGUCCUACCUGGAGGACGGUCCCUGUUAUUCCUUUUUGUGUCCUCCUCCGAUUCUUUCCAUCCCCUUGUCUCCUCUGAUAUUUGUCAUUUCAGUCUCACUGUUCCUCCCCCUUUUCUCCUCCAUUCGUCCCUCCUCUCCUGUCGUCUCCUCCUCUCCUUCCCUCUUGACGUUUCACUGCAUUUAAACACAUUUUGAUGAAACAAUGAUGUUCCUCUAUGUUCUUUUAAGAGUAUAUUCAUAUAGUUUCUGAUUAUUAGAUGAGUGUACGAUGUUGAUCCUCAUUCGUGUUUUGGUGCCAAUGAUUUAUUUCUAAAUCAGUUUUCAUUCAAUAUGCUGGAGUGUCACAGUGUCCCCCCCCCCACCCACAAAACAAAACACAAGUGGCUUUAUUUUUUCGUAAAGUUAAGUGGUGAAACAUUAUAAUGCAUCCCUUUUAUUUUGAAAAAUACAAUACGAUGCUCAGAUUGGAAACAAGGUGAAAAUAGCAUGGAAAUGAUUAUUAUUGUUUUGUGUUGUGUAAUCCUUAUCAUCCAAGUAGUAGCAAUAUUGUUGUUUCUUCAACGCGAGUUGUCACCGAUAUUGUGGCUUGUCAGUGAAGUUACACUAAUGUCUGCCUUAAUAAAAACACAAUAGACAAACUGGUAAAUGUGUUUAUAGCAACUGGGAAACGAGGCUUGUGGGUGUUCCCGACUUGUACUCACGAUAAAAGGGGAUAGUUUUGCCUCGAUGUAGCAUUAACGGAUGACGUGUACGUACAUUGUAGCUGAAACUUUAUUGCAUUGAAAACUAGUUUGCGGUUUUUCCUAUUUCCGAAGUUUAUUGGACGCUGAUGCCGACGUGUUGAAAGCUAGCAUCAGACUCGCCGUGAGCCAAGAUGGACGACGUGUCUCUGCUUCCUCGAGGAAGACAACCGAAGCAAACUAUAUAUUUGAUGUAUACUUAAAUAUUUACGGGUUUGGCCGAUGUCCCAUCAGCAAACAUGGAGGAGGCAGCGUUUAGAGGCACUAGUGGGCGAUCAAGGCGCUUUGUCUUCACUUCUGUGAAGCUGUCACGUCGUCCAUCUUUACACGCAAUCUCCAAUAACUGUGAGUAAAGAUGGACGACAGAGGAAUAAGAGUAAAAGCAGAUUAAGAUAUUUUGGCUUCGUGAGGAAGAAGUGGAGACGUGUCAUCCAUCUUUAUUUACAGUCCAUGGUUCUAUAGAUGACUUUGGGAAACCUUUAUUCAUCGACUGUUGGUAAAUGAACAGUUUUGAAUAUUUUAGCCGGGAAAUUCUAGUUUUCUUCAUUCAAUCUUAUUCGUAUCACCAAUAAUAUGACGUAGACACAUUCUGCUACCAGUGCAUGGCUGUGGAAUCAGCAAACCAGUACCCAGUGUUUUCCUGUGGCCUCGACUUUCCCAGCGAGGGGAUUAUCUUUGAGACUGCGUUCUGCACAAGAAGCUCCACGGACCUUAAAAAGUGCAAAAGCCAAGGAUUAUUAUGGUCUGUACCGUGUGCAGCUCGUGGGUUAAACUGAGCGUAGAGGUGCUGCAGUGUGGUCGUGAUGCAACGCUGCAGCAAGCCGGUGGCACGCUGUCGGAAUCGACUCCAUUUUCCAUCAGGAAAUUGAAACACGCUGCGAGAAACACUCCCGUUCAAAACUCCUUUGAUGUGGAAAAAGAACAUUUCUUUUUUCUGCCUGUUUGAAGAAACCGUCUCGUAUGUUGUGAAAAUGUGGAAAUAAGGGAAAACGGCGUUGAAGGAAAUGAGAUGAUCACAUCCCGCUGGUCGUUUCAUUCGUGUGAGUCAAACACUGAACUUGUUAUAAUGGGGCUUUUUCUUUAUUCUUGUUUUUUGCAGUGAUGUUGUAUCAUUAGCCCGGUUACCCCCCCCC